AUGCCGAUGGUUGUCCUUGUCUACGUGGAUGAUAUAUUUAUUACUGGUGAUAAUAUUCAAGAAAUUGAGGCUCUCAAGCGAUACUUGAAUGUACAGUUUGACAUUAAGGAUUUGGGACACUUGCGAUAUUUUCAUGGUAUAGAGGUGGCUCACUAUAGUAAAGGAUUGUUCAUCUGUCAAAUAAAAUAUGCUCUUGACUUGUUAAAAGAGACUGGGAAACUUGGAGCUGCCUCUGCUAAGUCUCCUAUGGAUUUUAACAAGACGUUUGUUGAAAACAUCACCCCAUUACCCGAUAUUGGUCAGUUUCAAAGGUUGGUUGGACGGUUGAUCUACUUAACAAUUACUCGGCUAGACAUUGUUUACGCCGUCGAUUAUGUAAGCCAAUUCAUGCAUGCUUCUACUGAAGGACAUAUGGCGCUUGUGGAUCUCAUACUUUGA